AUGGAUCCCUUGAAGUACUCAGAUGGUCUCUGGCGUAUCGGAUUAAUACUUGUGUCCGCCACCGCCGUAUACUAUCUCCUCUCCCGGGGGCUUGGAAAAUCCCUUUUAGCUCAAGUCACCCUCAACCGCAGAGAUCGUACCUCCAGAAUCCCACCGCGGUCUUUCUCUCCAGAGCAAAAGUCAGCUGGCGAUUCUGCUUCAUCCUCCAGCUACAGCCACACACUACCGCCCCAGUGCAGGCAAGUCUUGACCGAGAACAACAGCAAUGCUGCACCCCCGCGCGACGCGAGAGAGAAAGAAGUGCGCAGGAAUAUCCUGCCCAUGACUGCCGACUACCAGACCAGCCCGGGAAGCAAGUACACACCGACGGGGUUUUCAGUGCAGGAAGUGAAAGUCUUAGGCGACUUCCCAGAUUACGCAACUCUCAGUGGUGUCCCACUACCCAGUCCUUAUCAUGACUUCGAUAUCGACAAGGCGCUGCCUCGGCCCUAUCGUCCAUUCCGAUGGGCGUACCACCAGACCAUGUCACUUACAAAACUCGAAACGGACUGGUGGAUUGAGCUCGAAAACACAUACAAGAGCCGCAUCGCGCAACGCAAAGAUCUCUUCGCCACGAACGGCAAGGCCGUCCUCGACGCCCUCCCCGGUUCAGAACUGGCCUGCAAAGAGAUGAUGGAGAUGGCGCUGCAGUUCAUCUGUGCCAGGUAUCCACAGUAUUUCACACUGGAAGACAACCGCAUGCUGCACAACCGCAUCCUGGGUACGGAACAGGAUAUCCGCGCCAAACAUCCGCUGGGGGUGCUUCUGGAUAAUGUGCCGGAAGAUUUCGCAGUAAUGAUGCGGGACGAUGUGACGGGAUCCUAUUUCCUGCGCGCGGCGGUGAUCUGCUCGGCCAUGGGGUGGAACGUGGCGACGAAGAUUGGUCGUCCGCUGCAUGAGAUUCAUGCGCCGAUCCCAGAUUACAAGGAGAAGAUGCAGUUUUCAAUGGAGCGCUUCUUCACCAAAAUGCCAACCGAAAAGCCAAUCCAGCGAGCGUCCUGGGGCCUGGAAAUGGGAGAGCCGCUGUAUAUGGCCCCCGGUGAUCCGCAGGAGCAGCACCGACUGUCUCAAGAUCCAGAUCUUAGUAUCAAGGAUUGCUCCUUGCGCGUGGACUGGCAGACUCUCAGGCGGCUUCCCUUGUCCGGGGCAAUGGUCUUCAACUUCAAGGCGCUGUUUACGCCUAUUACGGAGUUCCAGGACGAGCCUGCGGUGCCGGCGCUGGUGGCAAAGAUCCUGAAAGAAGCAAAGCACAGUUUCAUGGUGUACAAGGGAGUCUGGCAUGUUCAGCAUGUUGUGCUGCCUAAGCUAGAAGAGUGGGCGAAGGAGCAAGAGGAGAACGGGGUCGUGGCCAAGGACUGGCAGGUUGCUACCUUGAGUGAGAGCCCGUGGUUUAGGGAUUGGGAGGUGAAGUGGCACCGGCAGCAGGGAUUUUAG